AUGGAUAGCGACGAGCAAGCACUUAUCGGCAUCCUUCAUCCACGAAGAGCCAAAAAAGUCGUGCCGUUCCAGAUGCCCGUCCUCGAAAUCAAAAAGAGGAAGGCAAAACCUUCGAAAAAGACCAAAAAGAGCAAGCCAGCCAAGAUAACGAAGCGAAAGAAUCCUCCGCGCAUGGCUCGAGAAGAACGACCUGUCUCUCCGGAUCCGCUGCCCCGUCAGCAGAACGAUGCAAGCACCAUGACUGAAGUACCCAUUAGAGAACAGCUGCCAUACUAUGAGGAGGCACUAGAAGCUCCUCUUUCGGUACCAAGCACCGCUGCAGCAACCCCACAGGAGAUCGAGACAAUCGACCUUACGGAUGGUUACAAACCACCUAUUUCGGCUCUUCGUAUGGUAGUAACCGACUUUCUGAACAUGAAAUCACAUGUUCGAAUGACUAUGUUACAUCUAAAAAUAUUCGUGACGGAAAGGUAUCCUGAACUGGACGAAGAUCUCGUCUUCCGAGAUGUCCGAUGGAAGAAAUUUUUGCGCGCGGAGCUUUUUGCUCGUCUCUCUCCGUUCAUCCCAAGCAACCCUUCAGAUACAAACUAG